AUGGUGGUGGACUCUGAACUCUUCAUUUUCUCUUUGAAUCCAUACUAUUUGAGAAUACGGUUACCUUUCCCUUUGGCCGAUGACGAGAGAUCUCAUGCUGAGUUUGAUCUGAAAGAUGGGACUGUGAAGAUCAAAGUGCCAAAAGAAAAUAAGGGCCAGUUUUUUCCGGACUUGGAUCUCACCGCAAAGCUUCUAGCUAGGAAGACUACUGAGCAUGGGCUCGAGCAGCGGAAGCCUCUCAUUGAGGACCUUGAUGUGUCACAUAAUGAUGUUUCUGAGGGUAUUGCGAAAGAGGGUGAGCUGCAUGACUGGGAGAUUGAACAAAAAACAGAAAGCUUCGAAACUGGUCCCUUGAAAGUGGCAUAUGGCUUCAACAAUGCGUACAGUGGAGUUAUAGGUGUAUCUACAUCUAACGGUAAUGAUAUCAAUGAGCUUGGAGAUCCCGAAACAGCGCACGCUCCAGAUCGUAUUCUUGAAAGACUCAUCAAGGAGAAUAUCAAGUUUGACCCGGAGUAUUAUGCUGCAGACUAUAUUAUGGAGAAGUAUCCCUCUCCAGACGACGAUAAGAGCUUUGACGGAAUCCUCAAGUGGAAGUCACCUCAAACAAAAAUGUUCACUAAUUGGCACGCAAAAAACGAAACGGUUCCUGCCGAAGAGAAGUCAUCGGUAAUGCCUGUGGUGUUUACCAAGGAUGAGCAAGAGAAAAUGCUUCAGCUUCCUCGAAAGACAUACAUUGUGGAUGAAGCCCACAAACCGCAGCUAUAUGUUCUCAUAGUGUCGUUGCUUUUUGCAUACCAAUACGAUCUUCGAGAGAAUGAAGGAGAACAUAAUAUAGAAAGUGCGUGGACAGUGGGGAAAUUGGUACCUCAGUUUGCCUUCUUGGACGCACAGAUUCACAUCAAAAAUGAUUCAAGUGAAGAUACCAUUCUCAAGGCUGCAAUCAUAUCGUCCAUACGUCGCGCUCUUUCAUAUCCAUUCCACAGAAACUACAAGCUCGUGAAGGCUGUCUGGAACGAUGUAUACUACACGCUUCGUGGAGGCAAACGAAUGGUGUUGAAGUGCCUACUCGAUUUGAAAGAACUCUUUCGCUUUCAUGAUGUUUACUAUGUAUAUGAUAAAAUUUGGCUAGAAGACCUAUGCCUGUGGUUUAUCAGCGACCAGGUGAGUGAGACAUUAAUUAGAACAUUGGCCCACGACCUCAAGAGGGAAGUGGACGCAUUGAAGAAAUCCGACAUCACCUUCGAGAAGGUCGACGACACGCAAACUGGCGAUGAGAUGAUCGCACUUGAUAUCGACGAAGUAGAAAUCAUGGCCGAGGACUCGUUUGCAGCGGCUAAUAGGGCAUGA